UGUGUAGUUCGUCCUCAUCCAACACGAUAUUCAUAACCCUUUGAGCACACCUCUAUUUAGCAUCUUUCCUUUGGCUGUGUUAUCCUGUGUGUCAACCCUGCCUUUUCCCUCUGCUAGUGUAUACCCAGAAGACAACCACAAGUUUAAUCAAAGAGGUGUUGACCAUUGCAGAAUCAAAGUACUGAUCACAGCGAUAGCAGACACAUGCAGACAAUUCUAUGCUCAGAUGCUGAACCUGAGGAAACUGCAGAUUGUUAGCCAAUAGGAAGCUAGAGAGGAACAGAAGGAAAAAGCAAGCUACUAUAAUGGAGACUUAUAGCAAUUCACCUGUUUAACUUAAAACCUGUCAGGCUGCAGUUGAUUUAGUUCCCACAGAGAUCAGACUGCCUUGACAAAGAGGAACCCCAGCGUUCCUCCAUUUUUAAUUUGUGUUUUCACCGUGACAUGGCCAGUGAGAAAAAAAUGGUCCUCAACGAUAGUGUUCCCGUCAGUCUCUUGACAGUCCGUAUGAUUAUGCAGGGAAAGGAAGUAGGAAGCAUCAUUGGAAAGAAAGGAGAUAACAUUAAGAAGUUUAGGGAAGAUAGUGGUGCUAAGAUAAACAUAUCAGAUGGUUCUUGUCCGGAACGAAUUGUGACCGUCACCGGGACGACGGAAUGUAUCCACAAGGCUUUCACUAUGAUAUGUAAAAAGUUUGAAGAAGACUUACAGAACACCCCCACAGUGCCUAAACCCCCUGUUACUCUACAAUUGUCUAUAUUAUUUCAGGACUUACAGAACACCCCCACAGUGCCUAAACCCCCUGUUACUCUACGAUUGGUCGUCCCAGCCAGUCAGUGUGGUUCCCUCAUCGGAAAAGGGGGAUCCAAAAUCAAGGAAAUUCGGGAAACUACGGGUGCUUCUAUUCAGGUAGCAUCAGAAAUGCUACCCAAUUCCACAGAAAGGGCAGUAACUGUGUCAGGAACAGCAGAUGCCAUUACACUUUGCAUACAAAACAUCUGUAGCAUUAUGUUGGAGUCCCCUCCUAAAGGAGCAACUAUCCAAUACCGUCCAAAACCCGUGGUUCCUCCGGUCAUUUUUGCUGGGGGUCAGGCAUACACUGUUCCUGGACAGAUGCAGGGUGUGCAGGCGUCUGAGAAAGAGAGACUUGGAAUACCUAAAAUGGAGUUAUCCAAGUUACAUCAGCUAUCACUGGGCCAACCUAUUCCCAUAAUUCCUUGUACAUCGCCGCAGCUAAUUCAAGCCUCAGAGAUGCACAACAUUCAAACAUCAUGUCAACAGUAUUGCCCAAGGUUCAUGACGUCAUUGACAAGCCAAUCCACAAUGCCAGGUCUACCACAUAUGGCGGCUGCGUAUCCAAGGGCAACCAAUACAGUGCCACAGGCUCUUCCUGCCCAGCCUCAGCAGCAGCAGACGACAACAGAAAUGGCCAUUCCAAAUGACCUCAUAGGCUGUAUCAUUGGCAGGGGCGGACAGAAGAUUAAUGAGAUUAGACAAAUGUCAGGUGCUAUGAUUAAAAUUUCCAAUGCGGAGGAGGGAGCUCCAGACAGAAAGGUCACGAUAACGGGAACUCCGGAAACAAUAGGACUGGCCCAGUACCUGAUAAACACCAGCAUGGAAUUGCAUAAGACUCUGACCCUUGACCCGAGUUCAUCGACCCAAAAUACUACCCCGACCUUGACCUCUGUUCAAUCCCAACAUGCACCUAUGGCAAUUCCGAUCAGUCAACUGGCGAUGAAGCCGAUGAUAGUUGGAUAUAAUGGACUAAAUGGAAUUGCGGGAUUAAAUGGCAUUAGUCAUGGACUAAACGGACUUAGUGUUCCAAUUAUGGACAGUGUGGCAGCAGCCAAUCAGAAAAACUUAACAACUAAAAUGCGCGUGGGCUUGACCUCAGUUCGGGCAGAGCCGAAAUUCUCCCCCUACUGAUAGCCAGGGGUCGCUGGGGGUUGUUGUACUUAUGUUGAUUUUUUUGUAGACAUUAUUUUGUUCUUUCAUCCAUUUUUUAAAGCAAAGUUAUGUCGAAAGCUUUAUAACAUCCAAUUUUUGCACUUUUAAUGCCAAAAAAUUUAAACAAUUAAUGUCAUUUUUCCCCCAUUGGUUCCGUGUUUUCAUAUGUGUAGCUGUUUUCGUUUCAUGUAAUUUAGUAUGACUCCCAUUAGAAAUGCACCACAUAUCGAAAACACAUAUCAUGGAAAAAGACAUGAGAUAAAUACCAGCAAAGCACCUGUUUUUUUGUUUAACGGAUAUCCUUCAUGCGUUCGACAGUGGCAGCAAACUCAUUCAAGCCUAUUUUUGUCUGGUUAGUUCAAAUAAAAUAUAUAUCCGUGUUAACUUUAUAUUAGAUUCUUUGGCUGCUCACUGGCAAGAUAUUAAAAGAUGUAAAUAGGUAUAUUAAUGGAGGACAUGUGAUAAGUUUUAAUUUUUUUUUCUUUUUUUUUUUUUUUGGUUAAAAACAUAAUUUUACAAAUAUUUAUUGUAUUUUGAGUAACGAAAAAAAAAAAAAGAACAGGAAAAAAUUCUUUCAUUUGGAAUAAAACUGUAUUUUGCUACCUUACCAAUUAUUUUCUUGAAAACGUGAUAAUAUAGUUUUUAAAUUUUUUGAUGACUAUAUAUAUUUUAUAGCUUUUUAUAGUAGCUUUGCUGCCCUAACUUCUGUGAUGUCAAAGGUCUCUUUUAAUAAUUACUCAAUUGUUGCUCGCUUCUUAUAGGAAAAAGUGUCUCAUGUUAAGAGAAAUCCACUUGUCGUUCAGAAACAGUUUACUGGUGAAAAUUGGUUGUUGAGGCCGCAAACUGAUCCCCAUUUUUGCCCCCUGUAAGAAUAAUGUUUAUAAAUAUUUUGUGUUUUCUCACAAAGAAUUUCGAACUUGAGGAAAAUGUUGUUUUACUUGAAGUAUUGUACAGACAUGUAGAAUGUGUUGAUAUUUAUGAUUUUAUACAUUUGUUGACCUAUUACCAAUUAUGUAUAAACUUUCAAAAAAAAAAAAAUUUGAAGAUGAAUAGUGUUCAAAUACUGUGGGGGUUUUUUGUGUGUGUUUAUAAAGCCAAAAAUAUGGUUCAUUUGAUGGAGGAAAUGCCUCAAUCGCUGGAACUUGUUCCUUUUUUUCCCCCCCAUUUUCUUUGAGAGUGCUUUGUUUUUUUUUUCUAUAUUUAAUAUGAAAACCACUUGUUACAAUACAAAUGAUCAUUAUAAUUGUAAUGUUGUUGACUUUCAUUGGGUGUUCAACAGUUUUUUAAACCUUGUAGUUUGAUUUUUUUCAUUGUAUACGAUUUUUUGAAAAAUGAUUGCUUGUCACAAUUUUGUUGUAUAUUAUUUAUAGGGUAUUCUUGCCAUGGAGUUUGUCAAGUUAAAAAAAAAAAAAUUAUCCAAUGUUGUCUACGGAGAAUGUGGUUGUACAGGAGACUGAAACAAACUUGCUGUGCUGUUAUGGUUGAAUUUAGCAGGCUAAAAAAAAAAAUUAAAUAUCCCUGUUUUAGAGGUUGAAAUCCUGAAGCUAAUUAUAACUAGCUUUAGUGUAUCUCAUGUAAAUUCAGUCAGAAACUGGUCAUCUUAACAUUCCAUAAUGCAAAUAUUGCCCACACUUUUGUUUUCUUUUUCUCUCUCUCUAUUUCUCAAGACAUUAUUUAUAGCUCUUUACAGAACUUCAAUCGCCCUCUUUUUUUUUAUCUAAAUUAUUCUUGAAAAAAUGCUUUUUAGAGCCUUCAAAAAAUUUGUUCAACAAUAAUUAUUGCAAGUUGCUGGCAACAAUUUUUUUUAAAAAUUUUAAAAUUGUUUCAGGAACUACUUUUUUUUUGCGAAGCUCUUAGUUUUGAGAAUUUUAUUAUGAAGUACAUACACAUGUAUCAAUUUUUUUUUUUUUGCCUUCAUUUCAACAAUGCCAGAAUGUAGAGUUAAGUCCCAUUUUUUUGUGUUUUCAAUCAGUAAUUCGCAAUAUAUAGUAUACAUAUAUAUGAAUAUUUACUAGUAUAUAAGUCAUCUGUUUUCGCUGUGUAUAUGUGGAGGGUUUUUUUUACAAUAUUUGAAUUAAAUACCUCAAUCAGUAUACAUGCAAUACAUGUAGAACUGAACAGACUGCAGAGGCAAUCAUCUUCAGAAUGAAAUGCAAAAAAAAAAAAAAAAUGAUAAUAAUCUAGUCCUAUUAACUCAAUGAAACGAGUUUUCUUUUCUCACUCAAUUAU